AUGUGUGGUACUCCUUCAAUUCGCAUCAACUCUCACGACCACCGCUACCACAGUCCGCCGUCCAAUUCUCGCCAUUCGCCCCAUCGCUCGCUGCAUGCGCCGGCGUCGCCGAUGGCCAUUCAAUCCCGAGCACAAGAGUCCCCGGUGCCACCAGCCCUCCCGCCGCCCCGCGAUGUUUUCACCGACGACAUGACGCCCCAGGCGCAGCAGAAAGAAUGGAUGUUUUUCAACAAGGAAUAUGUCGAUCAGCACUGGACCGACUUUGGCAAGGCCGCCACUGUCAGGCCCGGUUCGAGUCUGCUGGGCGGCAACAAGGCGCAUCAGGGCUCCGAAGGCGACGACCACACACAACAUGAAAUAGACGCCUCCCGGAGAGGCAGCUCCAUGUCCACCGUCACCGCGCCGCAUCGCAACUCUGAGGCCAUGAUCGAUCCUUGCGAAAAAGACGAAUCAAAACUCUCUGGCUAUAGACUUCAGAGCGAACGACAACUGGAGCAACGAUCACUCAGCACCUCAUCGCAGGCUUAUGAUAGAAACUUGCUCUCAAAGAUCGGCGGACCGAACACGCCCAAUAGACUUUCGGUUUCAGGCGGCCCGGAAACCACAGGAGCCGUGUCCCCUGGUGCCGAGCCGACUGCAGAACACGCCUCAAGGCAUCUCUCUACCUCUUCAUCUGAAAGGCGCCAUCCUUCGGUCGACAGCUCGACCUUUAGAUGGUCUGUAUCGAGUGCUGCCUCGCCCGGUCCCUUCCGCAACCCCAACUUCAAUCCGGAGAACAGCCGGCCGACAGCACUGCGACACUCGAGUUUUCAAUUUGACGACAACGCCUCGCAUCGCAGCAGUUAUGAUCAAUCAAUGUUCUUGCAUGACGAGUUUUCUACAGAGGAGGGUCAGAUGAAGGACCUGAAUCUCAACGAUCGCGAUGAUUUCCAACUCCACGCAAAACCAGGCAUGAAGAGGCGCGCUUCGUCCCCGCAUAGAGAUUCCUUACGCGAGGACCGCUCUUCCGUUAGUAGCGCCCCGGGUGGCAGUGACUUAUACACUCGCCGCUCUUUACAACAAUAUCCUAAUCGUAAUCCCUCAAUCUCGGCGUCGAGGUACGCGCCGAGCCAUCAUGGUUCAAUAUCUUCUGCCUCAUCAUACAACCCUCGAAAUGGUUCCCUGGCCUCAUCAUACACGCUUUCCGUCUCUAGCAGCGCUACGAGCUAUGCGUCAGGACGUAUAUCGCCUGGCAUGAUGUCGCCAGCUAUAAUCGACCCGGAGCUGGGAGCCAUGGGAUACACAAAUGCUAAGCCACUGAACAAUCCAAGCCCUGGGCCUCAACAAACUAUGCCGGCUUACUCGCGCACAAUGUCUGACACUCCCGUCCAUACGGCUCUACAAACUCCCGUCGACAGUGCUCCACAAUCACGGCACAACAGUCUUCCUGGCGUACAGGGCAUCUACAUAUGUGACUGCUGCCCUAAAAAGCCAAAGAAGUUCACAAGUGAAGACGAUUUGAGGGCUCACCACAUGGAGAAGCAAUACUCAUGCCUCUACUGUCCAAACCGCUUCAAGAACAAGAAUGAAGCGGAGCGACAUCAGAAUUCUUUGCACUUACGCCGUCAUUCUUGGUCGUGUGCCGCUCUCAAUGCAAUUGAGACAAUCUUCCACACAUCGCCUACCACAAAUGGAGCAACAGACAUCUGCGGCUACUGCGGUGAAGAGUUCCCCAACCCAGCAGACUGGAACCACCGACGCGACCACGUCCUCGGGACACACAAGUUCGGCGAAUGCAACCAAGCAAAGAAGUUUUAUCGCGCCGAUCACUUCCGUCAGCAUCUCAAGCACAGCCACGCAGGAACGAGCGGCAAAUGGACCAAUAUGCUCGAGACGACGUGUAUGCGUGACGAACCACUGCCUCAACCCAUGUCUAUGGCCGGCAUUAUGCACAACAACGGUGCACCGGCGAUGCCUAUGAUGGGUAUGGCGAAUACAGCCGGGCCACCUAUGGGCGGCAAACCAGAAGUCAUCACAGAGAUGCCGCACGAAGCAUGA